GAUCAACACUCUGUGGUAGGCCAGGGAGCUGGCCCCACUCCAAGCUCCAGUUCUUGCUCAAAUCCAAACACUGGAAGUGGUUACAUGAACUCAUCCCAGCAAUCAAUGUUGAAUCAGCAACUGAUGGAAAAGAAGCAGGCUCUGCAACGGCAAAUGAUGGAGCAAAAACAACUCCUUCUACAGCAGCAGAUGUUGGCAGAAGCAGAGAAAAUAACUCCACAAGAUCAGCUGAACAGACACUUGACACGACCACCACCAGAUUAUAAAGACCAAAGAAGAAAUGUGGUCAACAUGCAACAAGCAAACCAAUAUCCUGGUGGUUCACCAGCUGUGAGUAUGAGCUCCAACAUGUCCUUAUCCAACCCAAUUUCAACUCAUAGCAUCAUGUCCCAGAGCUCCAGCCUCAUGUCCACCCCUUCUGGGACCCGAAUGCCUUCCGUUCCUGCCACUCGGAGUAUGGGCUGCUACGGGAACCUUCCCUGCAACCAACCAAGCACAUACAACGUGGCUUCAGGAAUGAACCAAAUGCAGCCGCACAGAAACCAAAAUCAAGUCCUGCCCAGUCAGAAUAACCCCAUGAUGUCUCGACAGCAAACCAUGACACAGGGAAACAACAUAGCGGCUUUUGGGACGGGAUCGGUGGUCAACUCGCAGCAAGUAAGGCCAAGCUUGAACCAUGGAGCCACAGGUAUCCCUGCACAAAGGCCGGCCAACGUGAUGAUCACGGCUACUGCCACGGCCCAGAACUGGGCCCCGCAAGAAGCUGCAGUGAAGCAGCAGGAUGCACUGAAACCCGCAGGGGUGCGUUUCCCCACCAGCACUCCAUAUCCUAACCAGUCUUUGCAACGCAGUGUAAGCAACCAGCAUUUUCCUCAGCGUGCUUUGGCUCCUCCUAACCAGUUAACAGCGGGAGUCCAAAUGAGGCCUCCUCCAAACCAAAUGCACCAGACUCUAAAUGGACAAUCUGCUGGCUCUCUACGAGGUCUCAGCAUAAGACCUAACCAGCUGAGAGGACAGACUGUGCCUACCUUGAAUCAACCAGGCACAAGUAUGACACCUCCAUCAUCUCUGACAUCAACUAGUUUCACAUCUACCAACCAAAACUCUCGGGCUUACCAAGGAAGUGACCAUGGUAAUGACCUAGCGUUUGACUUUCUGAACCAGCAAGGUGACAGUAUAGGACCUGCGCUCAACAGUGACUCAGACUUUAUAGAUUCUUUACUGAAAACGGAACCUGGUAACGAUGACUGGAUGAAAGACAUCAACCUUGAUGAAAUUUUGGGGAACCACUCGUAAGUGACAGUACCAAGGGUGAACCAGAUGAAGAGGCAGGAAGGACAUUAGCUUUCUCUUUAGAUGCCAACAACCUGCUUUAUUAAUUUACACUCCAGUAACUGGGCUGUCCUUUAAAAUACCACGUAGGGCGACUGCCCUGUUUGAAGAGUUGCUCUAGGAACAAAAUUGAAGUCUCCCCCAAUGAAACAAUAACAUAAGUGAUAUUCACACCUGUCACAAAGGAGUGAGAAUGUGUGAAGGGUCUGUUCCCCUCACCGGUGCCCAACGCAUUGCAAACCCAACAGUUCUUCUCAUGGGGGCUGCAUGGAAAAGUGUGUUUAGCUUCCCACACAUGCAAGCACCAGACAGUGGUUGUGGAACAUAAUUUCUCUGAGUGCAAGUAAGAGCCCAAGCGGUCCAGAGCACUUCAGUCAUCAUAUUCGCAGCCCUUAACUUCCUUGGGACUACUCAGCCCUGACAGCAUCAGGCCCUUUGUAAAUCUCAUUGCAU